CGAACAUGCAUGUAUGCCAUACAGUACAACUCGACGGAUCUGCGGUCAGGUCACUGAUCUGCCUCCCGCAACGGCCGUUUUUGGCGUCGUCUCAUUUUUCGAGACGGUGGUAAAUCAGAUUGGCUAGCUUAAAUCUUUCGAAGCAGGGGGUCGAGGUGUUUCAAGCAGGACUGGAGAAAUGGGGAGGCGAGGGAAGUACCGGUAACGACUUUAUGAGAAUGAGCUCGAGACGUGAAGGGGGCACCAGCACCGUACGUACUGUAACACCCUACCGGUCCUGGGAUACCUUACCGAAGACGACUUCUACGAGGAACGAGACCUAAAGAGGCCAGUACCGGUCGCGGUAUCCUACCGCAAAUAUUGGGGCAACGCAAGCUUCUGGGAAAAUUAAGCCAAGCAGCCACAGUACCACAUUUCAUGGGAGCCUUGAAGAAGAACAGAAGUGAAGAGAAUGAUGAAUGGCAAUCAAAGUCAUGCUACGAAUGACGACCGAAAGGAGAAUAGGAAUCACUUUCGUUGGCUAUGGAUGGGGUUUUGGGUGCGUUGGCAGGCUUCCAAAUGGAAACUGUCUUUGCCACGGCUGAUGGCUACUAUUGGGUUGUCAGCCUUGGCGUUGCCUGUUAUGUUUCAAUCCAUUCGUUGGUCGGGGAACAAUCGUUUCCUCUUGGAAGCCGUGAGAGCCUUCAAUGAUGAUUCUCCUGCCAUCACCAAACCACAUCAUCGAGCAUUUCUUCUUCCAGAUGACUACAACAGUCAUGGCAACGAUGAUGAAGAGUAUUCGAUCCAACUCUAUACCUACUUGGUGUCACCACCAAGAGAGGUCCCGCUUUUCAGGCUUUCUGCCUUUGAUGAGGAGGAAUUCGACGGGUCCAGAGAUCUGCAAUUGCAUCGAAACUUUCGAAACUAUUUCUAUUCGGCACUACGCAAUGGCUAUCGACCACCUAUCAUCAUCCGAGCAGACAAAGGGAAGAAAGCCUGGAAGGAUGGGCAACCCGAGUACCUGCGAUGGCAGGUUCGCAUGGAACAAUACCUCCAAGUGGCGCAACAAGCUCAGCGCAAUGGAGGUAACAAGUCCCUCCUAAUGUUUUCAGACUCAUUGGAUGUCAUUGUUAUCUCACCUGUACAACAAAUCUCCAGUGCAUUCCAAAGGAUUGCCCCACAAGCUGACAAGGCUAUCCUUUGUGCUGAACCUCUCUGUGACACAGUAUAUUGUAAAACAGAUAUGGCAGCCAAACAGUUUGUUGAUCAACAAGCACCAUCCCGGAAAAACAAAUUCCGGUACCUCAACGCUGGUGUCAUACUCGGGACACCCCAAACACUUGUGUCUAUCUUUAAAUGGGUCUUGCCUUACAUGAAAGAACACAGGGUUGAUGAUCAGGCAGCCCUGGUCAAAUUUUGGCAGCACAACCCUAACAAGAUCACACGUGACUACGAGUCAGAGAUUUGUGGAAUCAUUUCUCCAGUGCCACAAUUCUUGGCACGAGACUGGGAUUACAGUCCCCUCAUAGAAGGCUUGUUGGACAGUAGUGCUGAUCAUGCUACGCGG